AUGAUUUUUUAUUUCAAAUUGUUUAUUCAUUUAUUAUUAUUAUUAGUUAAAAUUAAAAUUUCAGUUGGAUCUGGGUCAUGUCGGGUUGACGAUCCAUUGUCAUGUGAUCGAAACAAAAACGAAGUUUGCAUUUUUAGAGAUGGUGUAUAUAGAUGUGACUGUCCUCAGGGCAUUAGCAGAAGUACCAGCGGUCGAUGCAUUAUUAUCAAUGAAUGUACUCAGCCACGGCUGAAUGAUUGUCAUGAAAAUGCAAGAUGCAUCGACCAGAUUGAAGGUUACACGUGUGAAUGCGAAUCAGGUUAUGCUGAUGUAUCGGAGAAUCCAAAGGGUAAACCUGGUAGAAUAUGCCUGCAAAAAAUAAACGAAUGUGCUGAUCCAAGUCGUUAUAGCAUUGACUGUUCAGAAAACGCUUCAUGCCAAGAUACAGAUAGAAGUUUCACUUGUGUUUGUAAUCCAGGUUUCACGGAUAUAAGUGCUCAUUAUUCGCUUUUACCUGGAAGAAAAUGCGUAGAAAAUUUAAACGAAUGUCAAACUGGCGCCAAUGAUUGCUCAUCAAAUGCUGUGUGUGUUGAUCAAGCGGAUGGAUAUAUAUGCAAGUGUAAAGAAGGAUUUGUAGACGCAAGUAUGAACGUGACUCAUUAUCCCGGUAGAGAGUGCAUCUUACCAAAAAAUCCUUACUUUACUUACUCCAAUGAUUCUCGACGAAUAGCAUUACAAUCACAACAUCGUUGUGAUCCGAUCCUUCAGUCUUGCCCUGUGAAUCAAAUGUGUUCUGGUAAUGCGCAAAGUACGCGGUUUUGUCAAUGUCCACCUCCGAGUGUCCUUGGUCCCAACGGGAGAUGCAUGACAUUCAAUCGUUGCAAAGAACACCAUGACUGCGAUCCAGCUGCGAUUUGCUCGAAUACAUAUGAUAGCUACAAAUGUCAAUGUCCUCCAGGAUUUCUAGAUGCAUCACCUGACCCUUUACGAUUGCCUGGAAGAAAAUGCAUUCAAUUAAUUAAUGAGUGUGGCAGCCAAACUCACAGUUGUUCCCCCUUUGCUACGUGUAUCGACACGUUAGAAUCCUAUUUAUGCUACUGUAAUGAAGGCUAUACCGAUGUGUCGUCACAUUAUGGAAUGAAACCUGGGCGGCGCUGUGCGCAAUCGCAGCAUCAAUGCGAAAAUAAGUUGGCCAAUUCAUGCGAUGAGAAUGCGGACUGUGUAACGUUACCUGAUGGCUAUACUUGCACGUGUGCUUCUGGAUUCAUUGAUGUUUCAAGCAAUGCUCACCUUCCUCCGGGACGUGUUUGUACUUUACACACGCAGUGUCCAGCUCAACCAACUGAUCUUGUAUUCUUGAUUGAUGGAAGUGGUUCUAUCGGUUCAGAAACUUUUCAUCAAGAGAUACUUCGCUUUGUGAAAGAAUUUAUUGAGCUUUUCGAUGUUUCGCCUCAAAAAACUCGCGUUGCCGUGAUGCAGUAUUCAGAUCGAAUUAGACAUGAAUUUGAUUUGAAUCAGUAUUCUUCAGCAGAGCAGUUGAAACAAGCUAUUGAUCAGAUAGAGUUACUAGUAAUUGAUAAUAUCUUGUAUUUUAGGUAUUUGACAGGUUUAACUCGAACGGGUGCAGCUAUUGAGCAUGUAAUUGAUGAAGUUUUUACUGAACGACGUGGAGCACGCCCAAUAAAUGCCGGAGUGCAACGUAUAAUAAUUGUAAUCACUGAUGGGCGAUCACAAGAUAACGUUUCUAUACCUGUUCAAAAAGCACUACACCAACGUUUACAAAUUUUCUCUGUUGGAAGUGAAUUUUUCUCGAUUUUUCUUGCUUUAGGAUCGAAGAAACGGACGUUUCACGUGAAUGGGUUUGAAGACCUCAAUGCCCGUUUGAGAAGUGCUAUACAGAAAGUAACUUGUCCGGCAACUGUACAACCACAAAUAAAAGUACCACCUUCUCAAAGUAAAUAA